AGAUAAUCAAAUGAUGCUGAUUUCAGAUCAGAUAAAUAUGUAGUUAUAGUAGUAUACUUCAUAAUAGCAUCAUUAGAAGUCAAUUCUCCAUUCGUCACAUCAAUCAUAGCAAUCAAAAAUGUCAUUUUGGCAAAAAAUAAUUGGGUUUUAUUAUUUAGUUAUAUUAUUUAGUUCAUUAUUUACUAUUCGCGCAACGCAUUCAAUCAUUUCAAGUGUGUGUUCUUCUUCCUGACAAAUUGAAUGUUUUAAAAAAAAUUGUUCACAAAAGUUUAUUCAUAAAUAAUAAAAAAAACAUAAUAUCAACAUAAUUAAUAUAAACAUAAUUAAAAUAAUGGAUUCUAUAUUAGACUUAUUGUUAAUAACUGUUGUAAAGUUUACAAUACAAAUGGUUCUUGCUCUUAGUUCCUGUUGUAUGUACAUCUAAAUGUACAACAGGAUUGUACUAUGUAUAAAGUGUAUAUCAUAUAAUAUAAUAUAAAAUCUUACAAAUGGCAAAGCUCUACUUUUUCUGCUAAAUGUAACCAAUAAUAAAUGAAACGUUCUAGAUGUGCACAGCCUACACAGUACACAGGUGCAUUUGAGCAUAUCGAUAGCUUCAAAAGUUCGGUCGUCAUGACAAUCAACAAAGAACAGACAUACACUUCGCGAUUGCCAGAAGGCCAGAACGCGUCAAAAAGUAAAGAUUCACAGAGAUCUUUUUGACAUUACUACGAAUAAAUCGUAAUGUGCAGUGCAAAAAUUUGUAUCAUUUUGUUGUCCCCGUACGACGAUUAUGUAACAUAGAUCAAUGCAACCAUCACAAAAAUGUUAUAUAUAUGCGAGUGAAUAAAGUAUUUAUAUUUUAUCUUCGUAGGAAAUGAUCAUGAGCAGAACAAUAUAAACAUACAAAUGGUAAUUGCUUCCAUCUGUGACAUAAUGCACCAUUCACUUACUCAUCACGGCUUUUAUCUUCUAACUUUUAUCUGCUAUAAGAAGCAGACAUUAUGUAAGAGAGUCGUAAGAAAUAGAAGAUGAUAAGAAACAGAACAAAAAGACAAGAACAAAUUCGAAUUGCAUGCCGAUUCGAGGGAAGAUAGUGUUAUAUAUGCAUAGAAAAAAUAUAAUGUGAUACAUUAAUUGUUUAUAUAAAUAUAAAAUAUAACUUUGAGAAUUUUUGUGUGCAUAAAUGCUUUAGAUGUCUGUAGAAUACUGUUAAAAAUAUUGUGGGUCUUGCCUCUGUAAUUAUUCUUUAGGAUUUAAUUCUUAAUUCUUAAUCUUUCGUACUUCUUAACAUAAAAGUGUCAAUAGAUUAAAACAAAGAGAUUGAAAAAAGUCAAUAGAAAUAUAAUUUGUAACAUUAAGUUUUGAGAAGAGAUCACAUUUAAAAAUGAUUGAAUUUGCACAAGACGGAAAGCAAGAAUCCCGAGACAAUGUCGUUCUGCGUGGACAUUGUCACCGAGGAUGCCUUCUACGAGAAUUUGACCCUUGGUGUGAUCAAGAUCCUCGAGAACUCGCCAUGCGUGAGAAACGUGCGGAUCGAGAGGCGAAAUGGUUGCGAACCCGGUGCUAUCACCAGUUGGGAGCAACGCCACUGCUGCGCGCUUCCUGAGGACAUCAGGAAUUUCUACACCUCUAUUGAUGGUUUUCUGCUGCAGUGGAAUCUUGAUAUAGCAGGUGAGGAAUUCUUAAUAGGCCGAAUGGAGAUCGGCGGUCUUUCGUCUUUGAAGAGAUAUGUCAGCAGGGAUCGGCAGACGCAGGGGCCGUCGACACAGGAUUCGUCGGGGAUCCAGAUGGGAAACGUUAACGCGGAAUUGCAGGAAGCCAUAUUUUCCGGAGAUUCGCGCGACUGCAAACUCUUCGAGAUCGGUCAAUGCUUUCCGGGACCCGAAAACGGUAGAGUCUACCUGGCGUAUCGUUCCAAGCAGGAACAAGAUUCGCCCGGUAUUUGGCUCCAUCGAGGAAACGGCUGGUACCACCUGGCUGACAAUUUUACCACGUACUUCCGCAUGAUGCUGGCUCACUUGGGCCUGCCAUUGUGGCAAUGUUGUGUCGCCGAGUUACCUCUGCCCACCUGGGUCGAACAGGCGUAUUUUCUGGUUGGACCUCACCUACUGCCGUCCACCGUCGAGCCUGUCGAGACUUUGUCCAGUUCAUUGUGGAAUCACGGACCUAUCAACGUUCUUGAUCCGACUAUCUUUAAGGCCAAGGACAGCAAGCAAAAAAACGCUCGCAAAAAAUGAGCUUGCUACAGCAAUGGUACUUGAAAUUUUUUAUACAUAUAAUUUUACUCAAGCUCAAGCUCAUAAUAAGGUAUAAUUGUAAUUUUUGAAUCUUUGCAGGUUCCUGGCAAAUCCAACCGUAAUAUAGUGAAAUAUUUUUUCCUAUUUUGUCACUGGUUGAGUAUGUGAAAGAGUGUGAGAUAAAUAUCUCUAAAUAGAUACAAACAGUAAAGAACUUUGUCUUGUCAUAUAUUCUAUCCCAUUUAAUAAAAAUUUAAAUAGAUUCAAAUAAGUUUUUUGUAUUAAAAAUUAAGUACUUUAAUUUUGUCCGCGUGCUCGCGAGUUAAAAAAUUAUAUUUCCAAAAUAAAAUUAUAAUACUUACCCAGUAGGCAAGAAACAUUGAUCAACGUUUUUGAAACGUUAAUUUUAGAGAAAUUUCUUAAUGUUAUAACUUAAUGUUUUAUAAAUAUUUUUAAAAUGUUACUUAAUAAUAUUGUUGUUU